AUGGCGGCUUCAGGCGAACAGGCCCCGUUGCUCGGCUCGGAGCCGCGCUCCAUGACCGAGGUCCAUGAGUAUACAGUUAUUUCAACCCAAAAUCACCAUCAUGGCUAUCCGGACGACGAAUAUGCAGAUUCCACGGCGGCAGGAUCCAGCCGACGGGCUGCUGGUGUCGCCCGCAUGGAGGCCAUUUCGGCCCAACUCUCCCCCCUGGAGCGGUUCUGGAUAUUCUCGGGCAUCUUCUUGAUCGGCUACGCAUACGGCCUCGAGAGCCAGGUCCGGUCAACGUACAUGCCGUAUGCGACAUCCAGCUUCUCGCUGCAUUCAUACCUCGCCACCAUCAAUCUCCUCCGAAGCGUUGUUGCGGUUGCGGUCCAGCCAACGGCGGCCAAGAUUGCCGAUGUCUUUGGACGCUUCGAAGUCGUGGCUGCGUCCACCUUGUUCUACGUCGCCGGCAUGAUGAUCGAGUCGACGUCAAACUCGGUGUAUGCGUUCUGCGCCGGCACCAUCACGUACCAGGUCGGCUACACCUGCAUCGUCCUGAUGCUGGAGAUCCUGGUUGCCGACUUCUCGUCCAUGCGGGCUCGCGUCUUCUUCAGCUACAUACCCGCCCUGCCCUUUGUGAUCAACACAUGGAUUAGCGGCAGCAUUACGUCUGCCGUGCUGCGCGUAACCACGUGGCGUUGGGGAAUCGGCAUGUGGUGCAUCAUUUACCCUGUCGCCUCACUUCCCCUCCUAAUCACACUCUACUCGAUCGACCGUCGCACAGGGCCCAACGGAUCCAGGAAGAAGAGCGAGUUUGGAGAUGCCUACGGUGGCCUCGACAACCUUCGCAAAUGGAGCGUCCGGCUCCUGGAUCAGGUGGACGCCAUCGGCCUGCUUACUCUCGUCACGGCGUUUAGCCUUGUUCUGACGCCUCUCACGAUUGCAGGCGGCACGGUAUCCCAUUGGAGGAACCCGCAGGUCGUCAUCCCACUGGCCAUCGGGCUCUUCUUCGCUCCCGCUUUCGUCUAUUGGGAGAAGAACGGCGCCCGGAACCCCCUUGUCCCCUUCCACCUGUUGAAGGAUCGCGGGGUUUGGGCGGCUCUAGCCGUGCGGAGCUUGCUCAACUUUGCCUGGUACGUGCAGGGCAACUAUCUCUAUACCGUUCUUAUUGUUGCAUUCGAUUUCCCCAUUGAGAGCGCAACCCGAAUCCUCUCCUUCUUUUCCUUUUUCGGCGUCGUCAGCGGUGUUGCCGUGGGCCUCGUCAUCUACAGGGUUCGACGCCUCAAACACAUCAUUGUCCUCGGCACCGUCUUGUUCAUGAUUGCUCUGGGCGUUCUCAUCAGAUUCCCCGGAGGUGCAACCACGGCGUCCAGGAGUGGGCUCAUCGGGGGCCAGAUUCUUCUGGGACUCUCCAGCGGCUUGUUUGCCUAUCCCACCCAGGCCUCGAUUCAGGCCUCAGCCUCUCGAGAUCACGUUGCCAUCCUGACGGGCCUCUAUCUCUCCUUCUACAAUGUCGGGAGUGCGCUCGGCACCUGUUUAUCUGGAGCAAUCUGGACCCAAACCCUAUACCCAACAUUGGAGGCGAGUUUGGCAUUUCAACCUAAUACCACGCUGGCACGAGCCAUUUACGAGAAUCCGUUUCAAAUCGUUUCGCAAUACCCAGUUGGCACCGAGAUUCGAAGCGCCAUCAUUCACAGUUAUCGAAGCAUUCAGCAAAUACUUUGCAUCACGGGCAUGUGCAUAUGUUUGCCCAUGAUUGGUUUUGCAUUAGCCCUUAGAAACCCCAAGCUGUCGGAUCAGCAAGUGCAAGAAGACGCAGAAGACGUGGCAGCAAACGACGUAUGA